ACAGUAGCACACUGUUGGGCAUCAAGUAUUGCACCAGUGUUCUGUUCACAGAUUAAACAUCGACUAAUCUUUACCUGAUUACCUCGACGCCAGCCCUACAUAAACCAAUGCAUCCUGUUCCUAUCCACUCGCAUCCCUUCGCUCCUGUCCUGUGUCCAUCAAGAUAGCGAGUGGCCGUAGUAAGCUCAGCGUGGGUGUGGUUCAGCUAGCUUUCUGGUUAAGCUGAUCACUGAGCAGAUGGCACCGUCUCGCCGCAUGGCCGCGCCCGUCCUCUUCUUCCUGCUGCUCCUCGUCGCGACAGAGAUGGGGACGACGAAGGUGGCGGAGGCGAGGCACUGCCUGUCGCAGAGCCACAGGUUCAAGGGAAUGUGCGUGAGGAGCGGCAACUGCGCCAACGUGUGCAGGACGGAGAACUUCCCCGGCGGCGAAUGCAAGGCGCACGGCUUCGAGCGCAAAUGCUUCUGCAAGAAAAUUUGCUAGUGUUGCCCAUUGGAUUGGUCCUGCCGUCGGGUUGUUUGUUCGACCGUGAUCGCCGGGUGUUCGUCCUUGCUGCGCUGUCGUUCCUACUUUGGUCCUGUGAACUGCUCUUCAUGUUGCUUGGUUAUGUCCGGGCGUGUGUUUCCUCUUUCUUGCAUUGCUUCUCUCUUUAGAAUAAACUCUCGGCAGUAGUAUACUGGUGCUGAAAUGCCUGCGCGUGCGAAACAUCAAUGUUGUUCUGCACCCGUAGGUAGUAGGUACUAGGUUCGUCGUUCGGUUUCAGUCGGGGUGAUUGCGAUAAUUUCUCGUGUAUCCUGUUUAUGCUAGAAGCUGUAAGGUCCUCGUUUCAAUAUGGAUGUAAUGCAUCUGUGUGUGA